UAUUGGUACGGGCCGAAUCCUCUGAACUCGCUAUACGUGCAACCAGUAGGCUACAUUCUCAAGAUAUCAAACAGCUUCAAUGUUUCUAAUCGGUUUUGAUACAUUGUAUCGGUUGCCUGAAGUAGUCUUAUAAGGGUGUGUUUUUAUUAGAUUGUCCCUUUUCUCUCUACAUAUUUUCCAUUGGAACAUGCUGCGUGUGAGAUCAGCAUUCUAUCAGUCUUGGAGGGGGUUCAGGACCUUCCCCUAUGCAGCUGUUGAGGUGAAGAAUGAGCCCAUCCUGGGAUUCAACGAGGGCAGUCUAGAGAGGGCCGAGCUGCAGAAGGCCCUGGAUGACCUGAAGGGGAAGACAGAGGAGAUUCCCUGUGUGGUUGGAGAUGAACAUGUGUGGACCAAAGACAUCAGAUACCAGCUAUCGCCCUUCAACCACUCUCACAAACUGGCCAAGUUUUGCUAUGCUGACAAGGAGCUGCUCAACAAGGCUAUCUUGGCCUCUGUGGCGGCGAGGAGAGAAUGGGACCUGAAACCCAUCCAGGACCGAGCCCAGGUCCUCUUUAAGGCUGCUGACAUCAUCAGUGGACCUAAGAGAGCUGAGAUUCUGGCCAAAACCAUGAUAGGCCAGGGUAAAACAGUGGUGCAGGCAGAGAUUGAUGCAGCUGCAGAGCUAAUAGACUUCUUCCGGUUCAAUGCGAAGCACGCUGUUGAACUGGAGAGCCAGCAGCCCCUGGACAGUGAUGGUAGCACCAACACCAUGCUCUACCGUGGGCUGGAGGGUUUCAUAGCUGCUGUUGCCCCAUUUAACUUCACUGCAAUUGGUGGAAACCUGGCAGGUACACCUGCUCUCAUGGGUAAUGUAGUUCUGUGGAAGCCUAGUGACACAGCCAUGUCAGCUAGCUACGCUGUCUACAAUGUCCUCCGGGAUUCAGGGUUGCCCCCCAACAUCAUCCAGUUUGUGCCGGCUGAUGGACCAGUAUUUGGAGACACCAUCACCUCCUCUGAACACCUUGCUGGCAUCAACUUCACUGGCAGUGUCCCUACCUUCAAGCACCUGUGGAAACAGGUGGCCCAGAACCUGGAUGUCUACAAGAAUUUUCCUCGGGUGGCAGGAGAAUGUGGCGGUAAGAACUUCCAUUUUGUGCACAAGUCAGCAGAUGUGCAGAGUGUUGUGACUGGGACCAUCCGCUCAGCGUUUGAGUAUGGAGGGCAGAAGUGCUCGGCCUGCUCCAGGAUGUAUGUACCAGACUCUCUGUGGCCCCAGAUCAAACAGGGGCUCCUGGACAUCCACAAGCAGCUCAAAGUGGGAGACCCUGUGGACGACUGGAGUACAUUCUUCUCUGCUGUGAUUGAUGACAAGUCCUUUGCUCGUAUUAAGAAGUGGUUGGACCAUGCCAAGUCUUCCCCUAAGUUGAACAUUAUUGCUGGGGGCCACUGUGAUGACAAGAAGGGUUACUUUGUGGAGCCCACCAUCAUUGAGAGCACAGACCCACAAGAAGCCAUCAUGGCCGAGGAAAUCUUUGGGCCAGUUCUGUCUGUCUAUGUUUACCCUGAGAACGACUACCUGGAAGUUCUGCACCUGAUAGACAACACAUCACCAUAUGCCCUGACAGGAGCGGUCUUUGCUCUCGAUAAGAAUGUUGUGAAUGAGGCAGCCAAAGCCUUGCGGAACGCUGCAGGAAAUUACUAUGUGAACGACAAGUCCACUGGCUCUAUUGUCGCCCAGCAACCAUUUGGUGGCGCCAGAGCUUCAGGUACUAAUGACAAACCUGGUGGUCCUCACUACGUACUGCGAUGGACGUCCCCACUGGUGGUCAAGGCCACCCACGUCCUGCUCCGAGAAUGGAAGUACCCCUAUAUGGGUUAAAAAGACAGUACUCUACCCCUUCCUCACCUACCUAGGCCUCCUUCAUCCAAUCCUAGUUCUGUAGAGGAAUCUGUAGGCGUUUUCUCCAGUCAAGACGGACAAUGAAAUGAAGAGAAAAAUACUCUCCUUAUUCAUCCAAGUUUUGUCCAUUUUUGCCCUUAUAAGUAUGCACUGAAUCUAUACACAAGUACGAAGGUAAUUAUAAGCUGUUCUAAAUUGAAAGUGGGAGCACCAGUGCCCCUCUGGCACUUCAUGAGAUCAGCAGGAGCUGCAGCUGACCCAGCCAAGUUGCCUGCUAGCUGUACAGAAGAAUGACAAUAUGAAAACGUCCCAUGGAUCCACAGACAUAGUAAAACUGUGUGGUCUACCAUGGAUUCCACAGACGUAAUAAUCAAUCAUCUGUUUUUAAUCAAAUGGCUGCUUUGUGCUUUUUUACCAUCUCAGUACAGACUGGUCCUGAGAUGUAGACUACUCACUGUUAGGUUGUCUCCGCCUGUUCUGUCCUAAGGAAAGUAUUCAAAGAGUUGUUAAGCAUCAAAUACUUUAUGAGAGGAAGAUGUUUUUUUUAUUCAUACAAAACUGACUGUAUUAUAAAAAUUAACUGACCGUCUAUCACCUUAACAUCCUUUGACAAAAACAAUAACACUGAGUUUCGACCAUGAAUAUUUCAUGACAGCUAAAGUUCAAGUAUCAAAAUGUUUAUAAUUUUAAGUGUUUGUGAUGGCAAAAAGAGCAAAGAAUGGUUAUCUUCCUUUUUUGGUGCUAAGAAAGUCCUUACUAACAGUCCUUAACCUAAACUCAGUUCCUCGCUGUGUUCUGAUUGAUUUGCUGUAUUGUCACACUAAUACUCAUCCUCCUGACUGUCUCUGAUAGGAAAGGUGAUGUACUUGACUUGUUACACUUGAGCUAUGGCUGUAGGAGGACCAUGUGUUUAUUUAUAAAGCCCUCAGCAUAUGUCACAAAGUGCUUAUACAGAAACCCAGCCUAAAACCCCAAAGAGCAAGCAAUGCAGAUGUAAAGUACAGUAGCUAGGAAAAACUCCCUAGAAAGGCAGGAGCCUAGGAAGAAACCUAGAGAGGAACCAGGCUCUGAGGGGUGGCCACUCUUGGCUGUUCUGGGUGGAGAUUUAUAAUAGUACAUGGCCAGAUCGUUCUUGAAUAUGUUCAAACGAGAGGGUCGAAAACAGCAGGUCCUGGACAAGGUAGCACGUCCGGUGUACAGGUCAGGGUUCCAUUGCCGCAUGCAAACAGCAGAAACUGGAUCAGCAGCACGACCAGUUAGACUGGGGACAGGGACAGCCAGGAGUCGUCAUGCCAGGUAGUCCUGAGGGAUGGUCCUCUGGGAGGGGGGAGAGAAAGAGAGACAUUGAGACUACGCAUGACAGCCUGGUCUCAUAGACCAGACAUAACAUACUAAAAGUAAAUCCGGGACACUCAAAUUAGUAUGAUAUUUUAUGUUUGGUAUGGUAACGUGAGAAAAAAACAAAAGUAGGGUGGUUGGUCAGGCAUAUAACGUAAAUGUCUAGCAACCCAAAGGUUGCGAGUUCGAAUCUCAUUACGGACAACUUUCACAUUUUACUUUUCAACUACCAAACCCUUAACCCUUUUUAGCUAACCCCUAUCCUAGCUAACAUUAGCCACCUAGCUAGAAUUUGUAACAUAUCAUACGUUUUGAAAAUUCAUAACAUAUUGUAUAUUUUCCAAAUACAUAACAUAUUGUACGUUUUUCAAAUUCGUAACAUAUCAUACAAAAUGGGUGAUGGACAUCCACAAAUUAAUACAUACCAUAUGAAACGUAACAUACUAAAUGGAGUGUCUUGGAUUUCCGUUAAGAAUAUUACGAAAUGCUCUGAGACCCGGUUGAGCAUGAGGGUGCUGUUACCUUUUUACUUAAACCCCACUUUGCCAUCUAAUCAUGUUUACCUCAGCAACCGCACACUUACUGUUCUUUUCCAAUUGUGGAAUAUUUGACUGAACGUUUGCAAAAAAUGUAUGCAAGUGCUAAUUGCUUCAACUUCAUGUGAUUGCUUUGUCUCAAUCUGAAUUUCAUGCCAUCUUUAUUGUUUUGAAAACAAUUUCAGGGGGAUAUAUUUUAAUAAAAUGUUUUAAUAUUUUUCUGUUAAAUGCUAAUAGAAAUGAUUUGUCUUCGAUUGUGCCUGUAUUGGUAAUAAUAGAGAUGGACCUUUAUUGAAUUUGUAAUAAUGGUCAUUAAAUUAUUUCAGAAAGUA